GCGGCCCAGGGCGCUCUGGCUGCCGGGAGAUAGCUGGGCCCUCGCGCCCUGCCCGCCUCCGCGUGCGCGUAGGCGCCCUGCCUUGCCCGGCCCUGCCUUGCCCGGCCCGGCCUUCCCGGCGUGCCCCGCGGCCCCCGCCGUUGACGGCGUCGCAGGCAGGUUUCCGUUGCUCCUCCCCCCCGGCGGCGGCGACGCUGUCGCUUCCUCCCCUGCGCCCUCCCCGGCGCGCCUCCUCCGCGCGCGCUGCGGCCGCGGCCCUGAGAGAGCCCGAGCGGGAGCCGAGGCCGCUCCGCCCGCGCCCGAGAUGCCCCCCAAGAAGCAGCAGCAGCCGGCGGGGGGCAGCAAGAAGGCGGACCAGAAGAAGAAGGAGAAGAUCAUCGAGGACAAAACAUUUGGCCUGAAGAAUAAAAAAGGUGCAAAACAACAGAAAUUUAUCAAGGCCGUGACUCACCAGGUUAAAUUUGGUCAGCAAAAUCCACGUCAGGCUGCUCAGACAGAAAGUGAAAAAAAAUUAAAAAAAGAAGACAAGAAAAAAGAAUUACAAGAAUUAAAUGAACUCUUCAAGCCUGUGGUUGCUGCACAGAAAAUUAGCAAAGGUGCUGACCCCAAAUCUGUGGUUUGUGCAUUCUUCAAGCAAGGGCAGUGCACUAAAGGAGACAAAUGCAAGUUUUCUCAUGAUUUGUCCUUGGAAAGGAAGUGUGAAAAACGAAGUGUCUACAUUGAUGCAAGAGAUGAAGACCUGGAAAAAGAUACAAUGGAUAACUGGGAUGAAAAGAAGCUAGAAGAGGUGGUGAACAAGAAGCACGGUGAGGCCGAAAAGAAAAAACCCAAAACUCAAAUAGUCUGCAAGUAUUUUCUUGAUGCUAUCGAAAACAACAAAUACGGAUGGUUUUGGGUCUGUCCAGGGGGAGGAGACAACUGCAUGUAUCGCCAUGCUCUUCCUCCAGGUUUUGUAUUAAAAAAAGACAAAAAGAAGGAGGAGAAGCAAGAUGAAAUUUCUUUAGAAGAUCUAAUAGAAAAAGAGCGUGCUGCCUUAGGACCAAAUGUUACCAAAAUCACUCUAGAGUGUUUUAUUGCAUGGAAGAGAAGAAAAAGACAAGAAAAAAUUGAUAAGGCUGAGCAAGAUAUGGAAAGAAGGAAAGCAGAUUUUAAAGCUGGCAAAGCACUGGUGAUUAGUGGACGUGAAGUAUUUGAGUUCCGACCUGAGCUGGUUGAUGCAGAUGAUGAAGAAGCAGAUGACACCCAUUAUACUCAAGGAGCGGGAGAGGAUGAUGAGGUGGAAGACCCUGUGUGCAUAAAUGAUGUGGAUUUGAGCCUGUAUGUCCCAAAAGCUGUGGAUGAGACUGGUAUUACUGUGGCUAGUCCAGAGCGAUUCAGCACAUACAGUUCAAUAGAAAAAGACGAUAAUAAAUUAAGUGAAGCUUCUGGUGGUGAGAUAAACAACAGUGAGCAAAACGAUUUAGAGGAAGAUAAUGAUGGAGAUGGGGAACUGGAAAAUGGAGUUAUCGAUGCAGUUCCAGUUGAUGAAAAUCUCUUUACUGGCGAGGACUUGGAUGAACUAGAGGAAGAACUAAACACUCUUGAUUUAGAAGAAUGAAUGCAGAAGCUCAAAUGGGGAUUGAAAUUUAUGUGACAAAGUGAAAACUGACUACAUUUUUUUCCCUUUUUGACUAGAAUUCUUAAACAGGAUGUUUAUGGUUACCCAGCUGAUUCUGAAGGGCACAUCAUAUACCAGGAAUACUUUCCUUCAGUCUCAUCUACUCCAACCUUGACUAUGCUCACAGUAAAAUACAGAGAGUAGUUCAUAAUAAUCUGACAGCUGACUUUGCAGAAAAAGAGAUUGUAACUUUCAACUAAAAGUAGGAAGUGUAACUGCUUUGCCAGUAUGCAAGCGUAAGUGGGCAAGUUGAUACCAGGUACAGUAUGAAAUCAAAGUGAACAUCUUUCACCAGGACUGUGUAUUUAAUAGUGAUUAUGUUGAUUUAGAAACUGCUUAAAGUGGUUUUAGGCAGUAUACUCUAAUGGAGCUGAUACAGAUUAUGCUUCUUUAAGUGUUGAUUAGCUUUAUUUGAUCAGCUGGAUACUGAAGAUACGGAUUGUGAACUGAUACAUCAUACAGUACAAUAUGGUGCCCUCUGUUUAAAAUGUUUUAAACUUUCCCACCACCUUUUGCCAACAAAACUGUAAAUAAAAACUAUCAACUUUAAAA